GUGACGUCGCUGACCGUCUACCCCGUGAAAUCCUGCGGCGGCGUCUCGCUGCAGUCCGCGCGCGUCUCCGCCACCGGCCUCCUCUUCGACCGCGCGUGGAUGGUCCGAUCGGCGACUCCGCGCGCCGCGUCGAUGUUCGUGUCCCAGCGCACGGACCCGAAGCUCGCGCUCGUGCGCGCGACGCUCCCGGAGGAGAUCUCGAGGGAGGACUGGGACGGCGAGUCCCUGCGCGACGACGCGAAGAUGACGCUGCGCGCGGAAGGGAUGGCGUCGCGGCUCGAGAUUUCGUUACUGUGCGAGAAGCCGUUGCGGAGAGUCUCCGUGGGCGUGUGGGAGUGGGUCGGCGUCGCGGGGGACGAGGGCGACGCCGCCGCGGCGUGGUUCAGCGAGCUCUUAGGGAAGAGCGUGCGGCUCGUGAGGUGGUUAGGGGACGGACGAGACGCCGCGGCGACGCCGUCGCGGCCGACGGAUCCGGAGUUCGCCCCCGACGCGGCGUCCGCGUUCAGCGACGGGUUCCCGAUCCUGAUCGCGUCCGAGGGGUCGCUUCGCGCGUUGAACGACGGUCUGAAAGCGAAGAACGAGCCCGCGGUGCCGAUGAACCGGUUUCGACCGAACGUCGUCUUCGACGGCGUGGACGCGUUCGACGAGGACGCGUACGCCGACGUCGUCGUCCGCGGCGGCGGCGGCGGCGGCGGCUCUAUGCGCCCCUGCGCGCGGUGCGUGAUGCCGAGCGUGGACCAAGACUCGGGCGCGCGCGGCGGGUUGGACGCUUCGCCGUUGCCGACGCUGGGGGAGAUGCGGAGCGGCGAGAAGCUCGGAUUCCGCGCGAAGUGGGCGGACGAGAAGUACUUCGGGUGGAACGUCGUGACGGACGACGUCGGGGAGGUGAUCAGAGUAGGCGACGCGAUCGAGCUC